AUGAUAAAACAUACACCGGAGGAAUGCAACAAGCGAGAGGAUACUACUGAGAAUAUUAGAACAUCAAAGAACACCCUCACAAAAAGGAUGGGGCAGGAAAACGCAUUCACAACAAUAAGCUUCCACAGGAAGGCAUCAACACAGUUAAACACAAUAACAGUCUUUUCAAUCAUAUGCGACAUGCAAUUAGAGUUCAAUAAGAAAUUAGAACUCAUAUUAUACUACUUCAAAUUCUACAAUCCAUUAUUCCCCCUAUAUAUGAAUAGAUAA